ACUGGUAGGAGGAGGAGGACCCCAAAAGGCACAAUCCUCAUCAAAUGACCUCGAAACCCUACUGUCGUUUCUCCCUCUUCUCGCGAUCGAUUACAUCAGAAAUUGAAAUCGAAGGCCAGGACACAGGUACUCCUCGAAAUAUCUCCUGAAGCAAGAGAAGGCGAGUUUCACUCUACUCCCGCCCAUGUCCUCCUCCGACGAUGACUCCGCUUCCUCCGGCGCGAAUUCGGGGCCCGUUCUCGGUUCGAAGCCGAUCGAGGAUGGGUUCUCGCAGCUCCGCGUGAACGACCUCGCCAAUGGCUCGGUGAACGACGACGCGGCCGAGGGUUCCGGCGACAGGGAGGGGGUUGCUGUGGAGGUCGACGAAGUCGAGGACGGAGGUUCGGCUAGCGCGAGAGUGGGAGGGACGGAGAUUGAGGAGAUCGGAGAGGCGAGGGGCAUGUGGAGGAGCAAUUCGGAGGGGGAAGUGGAGGCGCAGGCGAGCCCAAGCAGCAGCGGCUAUGCGGGCGAGAGAGGGAGUAGCAGCGGCGGGAGUGGGAUUGGAGAAGAGGAGGAUGAGAUUGAGGAAGUGAGGAGUGACGCAGGCUCGGAUUCGCAGGCCGCUUGGAUGCCUGGAAAACGGCACGUUGAUGAGGAUGACGCCUCAAUUUCUUGGAGGAAAAGGAAGAAGCACUUUUUCAUUUUGAGUCAUUCUGGCAAACCGAUAUAUUCCAGAUAUGGAGAUGAACACAAGCUUGCUGGGUUUUCUGCAACAUUACAAGCCAUCAUUUCUUUCGUUGAAAAUGGCGGAGACCGUGUGAAAUUGGUCAGAGCAGGAAAACACCAGGUAGUUUUUCUUGUUAAAGGACCAAUUUACUUGGUCUGCAUCAGCUGCACUGAAGAACCUUAUGAGUCAUUAAGAGGACAGUUGGAACUUAUCUAUGGUCAGAUGAUAGUGAUAUUAACCAAGUCAGUUAAUAGAUGCUUUGAGAAGAAUCCAAAGUUUGAUAUGACACCUUUGCUGGGAGGAACAGAUGUUGUCUUCUCUUCCCUCAUCCAUUCUUUCAGUUGGAACCCAGCUACAUUUCUUCAUGCAUACACUUGCCUUCCACUUGCUUAUGCAACUAGACAAGCUGCAGGGGCAGUACUGCAAGAUAUUGCUGAUUCAGGAGUCCUGUUUGCUAUAUUGAUGUGUAAGCACAAGGUUGUCAGUCUUGUUGGUGCGCAAAAGGCAUCCCUUCAUCCAGAUGACAUGUUGCUAUUGUCAAAUUUUGUUAUGUCAUCAGAAUCAUUCAGGACAUCUGAAAAUUUCUCACCAAUUUGCUUGCCGAGAUAUAAUCCUAUGGCAUUCUUAUAUGCCUAUGUCCAUUAUCUUGAUGUUGAGACAUACUUGAUGUUGCUGACAACUAGUUCAGAUGCCUUCUACCACCUGAAAGAUUGCCGGACGCGGAUAGAGACGGUUCUUUUGAAAUCAAAUGUUCUUAGCGAAGUCCAGAGAUCCAUGCUAGAUGGUGGGAUGCGGGUUGAAGACUUGCCUAUUGAUCCAUUACCGCGAUCUGGAUCUUUACUCCCCCGGUUAGGUCAAAGGAGGCCAUUUACAGAUUCUCAAGAAAGUCUGAAGGAGGCUUAUGCAGGCAUUGGUGGUCCUGCUGGGCUUUGGCAUUUCAUAUACCGCAGCAUAUACUUGGACCAAUAUGUGGCUUCGGAAUUUGCUCCGCCAUUCAACACUCUCCGACAACAGAAGAGGUUAUACAGGGCUUACCAGAAAAUGUAUGCUUCAAUGCAUGAUAAAGGAGUUGGACCCCACAAAACUCAGUUCAGAAGAGAUGAACACUACGUCUUACUCUGCUGGGUCACACAGGAUUUUGAACUUUAUGCAGCAUUUGAUCCGCUUGCGGACAAGGGUUCGGCAAUAAAGACUUGCAAUCGUGUAUGUCAAUGGGUGAAAGACGUGGAGAACGAGAUCUUUUUGCUGGGAGCCAGCCCUUUCUCGUGGUGAUGUAUCGCUCGCUAUGUAAAGCUGCCUGUAGAGGUUUAUUUGUUUUUCUUCUUUUCCCCAUUUUCCCUCUUAGUUUUUACGUAAUUUAAAGAGAUCCCACGAUUUUUUCCCCUCGGGGGAGCAAUACUUCUUUGUACCCUCUUUCCUUUCCUCUUCCUCUUUUGGACAUAGAAAAUAAUUGUCCGGGGAAAUAGGUCGAUAGUGUCCAAAAGUUAUCCCGAUUUUUGUAAGGUUCGUUUCUAUAGCAGUGAACCUUUUGGUUCUA